GAAUUUUAUAUUGCACAAUUACUUUAAAAAAAACCAAACCCAACCAAAAAAAAAUUCUCUCAGAAUUGGUCACUGUGAAUUUUUAUGGGAAUAAUAUUGAAGGAAGUGAUUUAUCAUGUACCAUUUAUUUCCUGAGGGGCAGGGAAAUACAUAUGCUAUUAAGCAGGCAAGGAAGAGUUAGCAGAUAUCUUUGCAAGAGCACAGUCAAACAAGAGCCACCAAAUCAAGUCUGUGUUAUUUCUAUAUGUAGAUAGAGUUCUUUUGCAGUAAUGUUUGGGGGGGCUUAUGUAGAUAAAGAAAAUACAUAACAGUAUCACAAAGCUUUAAGUAGCAUCAAAUCACAUGCUUAGAUUGCAGUAUCUUUCCUAGACCAAUGUGGGAAAUGUGAAUAUCCAUUGCAGUAAGGAGAACAUCAAUGGAACAUUUUAAUUGCUAUUCAUUACACUCUUCUUCAGUAUUCUGUACUUAACCAUGUGUGUAUAUAAUUAAUACUUGAGAAUCUGGCAAGUGCUUUGAAAGUGUCAUCUCCUUCUAUUGAUGUUGCACCUCUGACCUGCCAUUGUUUUGAGCUAAUAUGGUCCAGGCUGUGAUGGUGGUAGUUCAUUUUUUUGGUGUCUGGACUCGUGUUCUAAGGCAGCGAGAACAAGCCAAAUGCAUCUGAAUCUAGUGGCAGGAGGACUGGGCUGUCACUAUCAGAUUCAUACUAUUUUACAGAAUUACUGUUGUACUGAUGGUUUUGAACCAUAAAUACUACCUUUUGGAGUGAUUUAUUAGGAAAUUUCCAGUGAAAUGAAAUCAGAAAAAUAGCCUAAAUAUUUUUCUUUCAUUCACUGUUGCUUACUUAAUGCCAAAUUGAGUAUAUAUUCACCCCAUAUAUUUUUGAUGUGCAUAUAUAUUGCAUUUGACUAUUUACAGUGGUGUACAUUGUGGGACAAAUAUAUUUUCACAAUAAUAAAUUCACUGAUAACAUACAUUCUUACUUAUGCCAAGAUUCCAUCUUUGACAUACCUUUCACAAACAGUUCCAAAAUGGGCUUGUCACUCAAAUAUUGCAAGCACUACUGUGCAUCAUGGAGAAUUUACAGUAGUGUGGUACUUGUAACUUUGUGUUUUUAUCCAGACAAAUUGGUCUUAAUAUUAAAAUUUAUUAAGAAAAAGCCUUUGUGCUGUUUCUUACCACUGUUAUUUCACAAGAAAAAAGAGAAUCAGGCCAGUCAUGCAAUGUGAUCUGUAGCUGUUUUGAUGUAGCUUACAUUAUCUGUAUUCUCUCUUUGUUACGGAGAACUGGUUUCAAAUGCAACUGUUAUGCUGGCAGGCAUGAAGUUUGUUUCCAAAACUGUCCAUUGUGGACUUCAGAAAAAUCUCAUCUCCUUACCUCCUUAUUUUUACACGUUUUGGGAAAGAAUAUGGAGGUUGUAUAGAACAAGAAUUAAAUAACAGUACUUUUUUAUUGUUUUAAAUUUCAAUGGUUUGCCUUAUUGUGCCCUGAGUAGUCCUCUGGCAUAGAAACAUGAUAGUAAGCAUGUAAGUUAAGUGGCUGUUACUGAGACAGCUGAUGAGAUCUGUACCAGUGGCUUCCAUCUGCGCUAGAGUAAUACAGCAUGCUGUGGGCUUAUAUUACUCUUCAAGUGGAAAAGACUCUGUGUUUGUGUGUGUUUGUGUGUGUGUGUGUGUGUUUGUGUGUGUGUGUGUGUGUGUGUGUGUGCACGCGCGCAUGCGCGCUCUUUUACCCCAGUUCGGGCUGACCUUGGAUCUUGAAUGGAGGGGUUGGAGGUCCUUGUGCCUGAACAGAAACCGACCAUGCCUCUUCCAGAAACCAUGUUUUGUGCUCAGCAGAUCAAAAUCCCCCCAGAGCUACCUGACAUUCUGAAGCAAUUUACUAAAGCUGCUAUUAGGACUCAACCUCAUGAUGUUUUGCAGUGGGCAGCUGCGUAUUUUUCAGCCUUGUCAAAGGGGGAGCCCCUUCCUGUGAAGGAGAGGAUUGAAAUUCCUUCAGCAACAGGGGAAAUAGAAGGUGGUUUGACUCCUGGACUCCUCAAAGUCUUGCACAAAAAGCUUUCUCCCAAAGGCACGAUAACUGUUACAGAGCUAAAGGAAAAAUGGAAGCACUUGUGUUUGCCAGAAGAGCAGCUGAAAUCUAUCCUGCAACUGGACAAUUUUGGCGAGGAGGUGGAAUGGAUGAAGAUUCUGGCACUUGGGUGCAGCGUGCUCGGUGGGUCCUUACUGAGUUCAAUGAAACAUGCCUGCGAAAUCUUAACAAGCGAGCCAGAAGGUGGAGCAGCUCCGAUUCCCUUUGAAACAUUCUCGUUCCUUUAUUUGUAUUUGGCCAGUAUUGAUGGAGAGAUACCAGAGGAUGAAACUGAAGCAUUCCUCCACAAAAUUAAGGAAGAAGCGGACAAACAAUCUGGCAUGGUGCUGAUCAGACACUUUCUGCCACCGACCUUCAUAUUUUAUUAAUCAACCCUACUGUUCAGUAUGAGAGUCUGAAGGGAAAAAAAACAACUUGUAAAAUGGUAAGCUCUCAUUAAAUGUAGUCAUGUCCUCUGCUAAUGAAAGAAAGUAAGCUACUUUAAGACAGUUUUAUUCCCAUGUUGCUUUAAUCAAAGCCUUGUCAUGCAGUGCAGAGAGGCAGUUAGUUUAGGAUGAACGACAUCACAGUGUAAUGAAGCCAGCUUUGAUAGAAGCAAUCAUAGCCAUCCAUGCACUUAUCUAAAAGCAUUUACUCAUACAUGCUAGGGACGGUGCAGCAUUUCUUCUGCACAACAGCCCGAGUCUUUGCUUAAACAUAGGUCCUACACACCUACGGUCCUGUAAAUAUAUCCUUGUUGAUGGUAUUAGAAGGUGUGGCCUAGAUUUGUUUUCUUUUGCUUAAAAAUAUGUCCAGAAAUACUGAAGAGCAACAGCAGUUUUGAAGCACCUACCAUAGAAAAGCUAGUCAACUCACUGUGUUUGUAUGUGUAUGCACAUUAGUGAAACAAAUAAUCCUACUUACUAAGUUCCAGUGCGAACUAGAGCAGAAAUUAGCAUUAGACAUGACAAGCACACUUAGCUGUGGAUGAGGGACAUACUGUCCCAUUUAACCAUGUUGAUGGAGUAAAAUAGUCUGUUACAGUAGUGAAUUAGUCCUGCAACACACUGUUGGAAGUGCCACCUUUCAGAUGUGAGAUUUCAGAUUCUGAAGUCUGGAUCACAGUUUGUGGUCUCACAGUAUGUUUUGUUUAGUGUUAGUAGCCUCAUGCACUGACUUGACAUACGGCACAUGAGGUUAACCUAGCUUGUUUACUGGACUAGACUUCUUGUUCUCUGCACAAAAUUCUCACAGACAGUGGUUGUGGCUGCCUGAUUCAGAAGCAGGAGUCAGCUGUCCCUAUUUAUGCUCACCUCUCUCUUUUUCUGCGAGAGUCUCUGUCUUUGCCUCUUUCGCGACUCCUUCUUCGUUUACUUGGACUCCUGCUGGUGUCUCUCCUGUGUCUUGUGCAUUCAGUAUCCUUACUGCUUUCCCCAGAUUGCCGUGAGUCCACUGAAGCUGACCGCCUGU